GACUAUCCCCCUCCCCUUUUCCUUCCCACAACCAAAAUAGCCGGUUUUUCUUACUUUCCUAGGCCCCUCAGCGUAGAAUAAGAGACUUUUAAAAUAUAAAGCAAUUGUUAAAAGUUUCGGAAAGCCCAGUCGUCUCCCUCUCUCCCCACGCCCGGUGUAUGUGAGUUAUUUUCUUCUUUCCCUCCCACCUCCCGUGACUCACUCCCGUUUUGGACCUACCCAACAUUUUGUGCAAAACGCAUCAGCCAUGAACAAGCUGUAUAUUGGAAACCUCAACGAGAACGUGACUCCGGCGGAUCUGGAGAAAGUCUUCAACGACCACAAAAUAUCCUUCUCUGGCCAGUUCUUGGUGAAGUCUGGCUACGCCUUUGUCGACUGCCCAGAUGAGCAAUGGGCUAUGAAAGCCAUCGAAACUUUUUCUGGCAAAGUGGAGUUGCAUGGGAAACAACUCGAGAUUGAACACUCAGUCCCUAAAAAACAAAGGAGCCGCAAAAUUCAAAUAAGAAAUAUCCCCCCACAGCUUCGAUGGGAGGUCUUGGAUGGUUUGCUAGCUCAGUAUGGUACUGUGGAAAACUGUGAACAAGUGAAUACGGACAGCGAGACAGCAGUUGUUAAUGUCACCUACUCUAACCGGGAACAGACCAGACAAGCUAUCAUGAAACUUAAUGGACAUCAACUGGAAAACCACGCAUUGAAGGUCUCUUACAUACCUGAUGAACAGAUUGUCCAGGGUGCAGAGAAUGGACGUCGAGGUGGCUUUGGAACACGGGGUGCCCCACGGCAAGGUUCCCCUGUGGCUUCAGGGGCUCCAGUGAAACAACAACCAGUAGAUAUUCCUCUUCGGCUUCUUGUUCCUACCCAAUAUGUUGGAGCCAUUAUUGGUAAAGAAGGUGCCACCAUCCGGAACAUAACCAAACAGACACAGUCCAAAAUUGAUGUGCAUCGGAAGGAAAAUGCGGGCGCAGCAGAGAAAGCAAUAAGCAUCCAUUCAACUCCAGAAGGCUGUUCUGCUGCUUGCAAGAUGAUCUUGGAAAUCAUGCAGAAAGAGGCAAAAGACACUAAGACUGCUGAUGAAGUACCUCUGAAAAUCCUUGCCCACAACAACUUUGUGGGACGAUUGAUUGGCAAGGAGGGCCGCAACCUAAAGAAAGUGGAACAGGACACAGAGACAAAGAUCACCAUCUCCUCCCUUCAGGAUUUGACAUUAUACAACCCUGAAAGGACUAUCACUGUGAAAGGCUCCAUUGAGAAUUGCUGCAAAGCAGAACAAGAAAUUAUGAAGAAAGUGAGGGAGGCAUAUGAGAAUGAUGUAGCAGCCAUGAGCCUACAAUCACACUUGAUACCUGGUCUCAACUUAGCUGCUGUUGGUCUCUUUCCUGCCUCUUCCAACGCAGUGCCACCUCCUCCAAGUAGUGUUUCUGGAGCAGCUCCAUAUAAUUCUUUUUUGCCUCCUGAGCAAGAGACUGUGCAUGUUUUCAUCCCUGCCCAGGCUGUAGGUGCAAUCAUUGGCAAGAAGGGUCAGCACAUCAAACAGCUCUCCAGAUUCGCAAGUGCCUCAAUUAAGAUUGCUCCUCCAGAAACUCCAGAUUCCAAAGUGCGUAUGGUGAUAAUCACUGGACCACCAGAAGCCCAAUUCAAGGCUCAAGGACGAAUUUAUGGAAAGCUGAAAGAGGAGAACUUUUUUGGGCCCAAAGAAGAAGUGAAACUUGAGACGCACAUCCGAGUUCCUGCCUCAGCAGCAGGAAGAGUCAUUGGCAAAGGAGGCAAAACAGUCAAUGAACUUCAGAACCUGACAGCAGCUGAGGUAGUUGUUCCCCGGGAUCAAACCCCUGAUGAGAAUGAGCAAGUCAUUGUCAAAAUCAUCGGACAUUUCUAUGCUAGCCAGAUGGCUCAACGCAAAAUACGUGAUAUCCUUGCUCAGGUGAAACAACAGCAUCAAAAGGGACAGAACAACCAGACACAAACACGAAGGAAAUAGGAAAUGACUUGUACCCGGGUGUGUGAAAGAAGAGAGAGAGAGUGAGAGAGAGAAAGAUGGACAAAUGGAUAAUGGAUGAAACAAAGCCAAGCAGAAAAGAAUGAUGAUCUAUUUCAAAACCCUAAGAGUGGCUGGGAUUCAGUUUACCGUAGGCAGGUCUUAGUAAUUUUUUGGAGAUGGGUGUUUUACUCUAUCAUGAAUAUAUACAUGUCUGUAUCAAUACAGAUGUGGCCUCUCACACAAAGGUAUUUUCACACAGUAUAAUUUUUUUUUUGGGGGGGGGGAUACUUGGUUCAGCAAUAAACAAAAAGUUCCUAAUCAAAUUACUUCUCUGUCAGAAUAUCAAACUACAUAGGAUCAUGAUUUUAUCUAGGUGAGCAAGAAGCUUACACAUGGAAGUAUGUCAUGCUUUACAAGAUCAAGGCCAUUAAAAAAACAACACCUAAAUACUUUCUUCCCCACCCAUCCCCAAUAGUUUCAAAAUUUCUUUGGGCAACCCUCUCCCUAACAUGAAUUAGGGUUAAUGUUAGCACUUGGCAAGAGAAUGGCAGAGAAUGGAACCCUGAUUCUUUAUAAUAGCCUCCUAAAUGGGCUCCUUUAUCUGAUAUUUUCCAGAUAAUUGGUUUCUGUGUGAUAUAGUAUUAUCUCAAAGGUGCUUUUUUCUUUAAAAGGCAACUGGGCUGGAUUUUUUAUUUUUUUUGAGCAACAAGAAAAUAUUUCUCUUUUCAUCCAAGAAACUUCAUCAGAUGAUGGCGGGGGAUGGAAGGAUAGGUACUGACAAGUUGAGACUGGAUGGUGAGGGGAUAAAAGGAUAGGUUCUGAUAGGAUGGAAGGAUUAUAUUCCUUUGCAAUCAUCUGGUUGUUAGCACUCUCUGGGAGCUAUUGAGGCCAUUUGUGGGUUUAUCUGUUCCCUAUUCUGGUAGCCUCAACAAUUGAGAGCUAUUGCCAUUUGGGAGUUUAUCUGUGCCCUAAUAUAGUUUAUCUGUGCCUCAACAGCUCUCAGAGAGUGUUAAUGACCAGAUGACAGCAAAGAAAUACAAUCCUUCCACCAUCACCAACACAUCCUAUCAAAACCUGUUCUUACACACACGCACACACCAGCAUCCAGUCUCAACUGUCAGUACCUAUCCAUCUCCCUGCCAUCAGAACUGAGGAAGCUUCGUAGAUGAAAAGUGAAACACUUUCUUCUUCCUCAAGGAAACAACAGACUUUUGAAAGAAAAAAAAAGCACCUUUGAGACAAGUAUGACCUGGAUAACUGAGAAUCUCCACAGAUGGAUACAAUAUUAUGUCCUUAAGAUUAUGAAAGUCAGAUGUCAAAAUAGUUUCCCAUAAUCCUAUUAGUAUACAGUGGAGCUGUCCAUUGUUCUAACCUAGGCUUCCCCAGCUGGACAAGACACUUUGGCUACAUUGCCACUAUGGGAGAAUGAGCUCAAGAAUCUGAUUGGGUGAUUUUCAUGUUCCAUCUGGGAGAAAAGCCUGGAGCCUGAAGAUUGAUUCGACCUGGAUAUCCCCUCAGUGGACCAUCUCUGCUUUACAGGAUGGUCAUUCAACUUUACAUUUAGAAUACAGUUUCUCUCUUAACAUCUAUAUGUCCCCGAGAUGCAUCCUGUCACUUUAAGAAAGUUUUGAAAGUAUAGAAUUCAUUCUACAUAUUAAAUAAGAUAUCCAUUUCCCCGUUUCCUUGGAAGUUGUCAAAAUAUGAAGAAAGAUUACAUUCUUCAAAUUGGCUGCCUGUUUCAGUUGUCCUAAAAGUUUAUAAAAAUGGGGAGAAAAAAUAAAGAAACAAAUUUAACGUUUUGGUACUCUCUCCUGGAAUGGCGCACUGGCUCAAUUCAGAAAUUUAUACCAAAUCAUGAAUUGUGGGUUUAGAAUCCAUAGUUUAGAAUUCAACUAUUUUUUAAUUUAAAACCUAUACCAUGAUUUGAUAUUCCUAAUAUGUAGGCAAUUCAUGGGCAGGAUUCAUACAAAAGGCUAAGUUAAGUUAAAACACUAACUUGGUGUGUUCUGUAAAUUCAUCCAAAUUGUGAUUAAUAGAUUUAAGUUCAUUCAGUAAAUCCUCUUAAAUUACUGUACUUGUUUUGUCCACACAUACGGCAACUAUUUAUUUAUCCACUUUCCAUUGUUAGUACUAUUUUUUUAAAAUAAUAUGGCAUAGUCUUCAAAUUGGCUCUUUUUAUCUGAUAAACCAUCUCAAAAUUGACCUUGUAAAUUGAUUUUUAGCCUGGGUUUCUGAUUUUUGUAUGCUUGGCAAAUAACAAAACAUGAUUUUAUUACAAAGGAGUUUUGUAUGAUAUCUGAAUUGAGCCAGGUUGAUUUCUUAAUUGAGAAAAUAAAUAGCACGUCUGUCUAUCUGUCUCUCUUCCUCUCCCUUCCCCCACCCUUCUAAAUAUUUUAAUUUGUUAAACCAGAAAAAAUAUUGAAAUAAUUAGAAAAUUAAUCAGUGAGGAACAUGUUUUAAUCCACCUAAGAUGUAUAUUCUCAAUGAACAAUCCUAUUGGAAUGAAAUAGUUAACGGAAGACAAAAUUGUGACAAGUGGCCAUAGAGUUUUAAUUAUCUUGAACGAUUAAGUCAAAUUAUUUCCAGUUCAAGGGUAAAGUGGCUUUACUUUUCAUUUUGUGAAAAGUGGCUUAAUGUCCAGUACCCUCUCUCCUAAUUUGGUAUGUACACAUUUUGACGUGUAAGUCCAAGCCACAGUAAAGUCCCUGUUCUAGACAGACAAAUGAAAAUCCUAUUUCUAUUUCACCAGUGUUUAAUAUUUUAACAUUUCAGGACUUUUGCUUCUUCCUGUGGUUAGUUCACUGAAUGUUUUCAGAUGAAGUUACGCACUCUAUUAAAAUAAGUGUGAUUUAGGAUUUAUUAUAGAUUCUGGAAGAUGUAUAGUUUUCACCAAUCUGUUCUUCUCUUGAUGCAUUCAAUUUCAGCUCCAAUACCUCCUAACUAGUAUUUUGUUAGUUGGGAAAUUCUGAGGGUUGAAGCCAAACAUAUUUGGAAGGUGCAAGAUUGGGGAAAACUGCUUUACAUGAAUUUUAAGGUUGAUGCUAUGAAGCAAUGAAUUGUGAACUGCAGUGUAAAGAUAGCAUUUAGAUCUCCUUCAGUUCGGCCUUUCCCCAAUGGUAAAUCAAUUUGCCCUUGACUUCUACUGAACAGAAAUUGCAAUUACUGCUGUAUGAUCUCUAGCAAAUAACCUGUAGUUACUAUAUUUGGAGAGGUUGCAGCCAUCUCACUUUAACUGUUGAAUGGCAGCUUUAGAUAAAGUAGCAAGAAAUCUGCCAGUCUUGGAGAAUCUCAGCCUCAAAAGUGUUGUCUAUUUACCUGUCAUUUGAAAAUGCCUCAUUCUCUUCCUGAUUGCCAGUUUCCAUGGCUGCCUCUGUCCAUGUAAUUAUUGCUUCCUCCUUCCCCCCCCCCCAAAACAACAACAGUGGAGAGUAAAAAUUCUAUAUAUACGUAAGUGUUUGGGGUACAUUGCAUGUACCUAACUUUUAAACACAUUUUAGGGGAACUAUGGGACAGGGCAUUGGUUACAGAAGAAAGAUAUACCUCAAGGCUACUUGCCAUAUAGAUUUACAAUCAAAGGACCUUAGAACGUAGCAGCCCAGGUCCUUUUUCUUCUUCUUCCAAGAACAGUCAGGGCUCCUGUCCAUUCCAGAAGCUUCUCACAUGAGAAGCUGAGAAAGAUUCAAGACAGAGGACAUCACUUGCUAUACUUCCUCCAAAGUUUUAGUAACAUCAGAAAUUAUCUCUUUUCAUAUGUCAUCCUACCUUUAGAAGAACCUCAGCGCUUAGUCAUACCAAAAAGAAGAAAUAGUAGUUUCUGUCUUGAUACAGAGAAUAACAAAAGGCUUACAAAUUGGUGCAGUAAAAACUGUGGGCCAUUUAUGAAAAAUGCCUUUAAUGCAGGCACUCUUGGAGUUGUUUCUGGGUGACUUUUCUCUAGGGAGCAGGCUUCCCCAUACUUGAAUGAGUGAAGAUACACAGAACAUCUUUUCUGAGUUGGAGUUCUACUUCUUUGAACUUAACUAUGAGAUUAAAAUGGAUGACUUAACAGCACAACCUUACACCUUGGGCAUUGAAUUCCAAGUAUGUACUGGAUUGCACUGCAAAGGACUUAAUCUCCAGAUUAAAAUUAGUGCCGGUUUAUCUCUGUAGAAGACAAACCAAUGUGUCAGAUAAUCCCCCGAAAAGGAAUUAAUUACCUCCAGAAGGAAUGAAAGAAAUAGCAAGUAUGCAUAGAGAAAUUGCUAUUUCUUUUUCAGCUUGGAGGAAGAAAAACAAUGGGGUCUAAAAAUGAAAACCAAAUGUGAUUUUAAUGAAAAAAUUGGUGUGAUUAAAAUAAUAGCAAACAACUCCAUAAUUUUGAAAUACUUAUAUAUAUUUUUUUUCUGCCACAAAGUUAUUGAUUUUCUUUAGGAGGCGAUACCAAAUAUAGACAUCAGAAGAAUGUAAUAUGGUUACUAAUCCCAGUCACUCUUAUGCAAACUUUAAAAAGAAAAGAAAAAUCUGUAAAAUAUUUACAAUGGGUUUUUAGAAUUUAUGAAGAGCAGGAACUGCUCACCUGGCAGCCUGAGCCCAGAACAAAGUUUUGUCUCUGCAUCGACUUGGGCAUCAAUUAAACGGUUCCUCUGAGGAUAAGUUAUUUUCCCCAACAGAGCCUUGAAUCCUUACAACCAGCACUAAUAUAACAGGGAAUUGAUUUGAAACAGUCCACCCAACGAAAAUAACUCUUGCAUCCUUAUCUACCUCAAGGCAGUUUGAUCGGUGGACAUGGAAAGGUCUUUGCCCCAGAGUGGUCAUUAUAGACCCUGAAUAAGCAACAAAUUGCAUAGUUUUGCCAAAUUAAUGGAAAAAUCAAGUCAAUGGUUUGAAUUUCAGUGGCUGCAGAAGCCCUGUUGAUUUGAAUUAUGGACAUUUUGUUUUACAUGGAUUCCUAAGUAUUAGCUCUCUUAAAAUGCUAAUGAAAUAACUUAACAUUUAGCAGUGAUUCAAGGCAUGGAAACUGUAAACAUUAAUUCAUUUGAUUACAGAUUUAUUGAUCUAGAGUGCAAUCAUGUUGCAUUCUAAUUUUGUAAUUUCUUUAAAAAGGAAAUAAGUAAUGGGGCAAAUUAUCCCUCUUCGUCUUGAUAUAUUUAUAUCUUAGCAGAGACAAGACUUUUGUUAUAUAUUGACUCAUUGAUUGUCCAGGUUUAACAGUGUUUUUGGGACUGGGCUGUUUAUGACAACUGGCAAAUCCAAGUCCAGUGUGUUUCCAUAUGAUUGUUACCCGAAUGACAUCUUUAAAUUUAAGCUGAAGUGGCUGUAUGGAUCUUGCUGUUUACACUGAAGCGGCUGCUUUCCUUUUUUUCUGAAACCUUGCAAGAACGGGCAUGUACAGAAAUGUCAGGUGUUGCUUU